GGAGGGGUGUUUACCAUUGUGCGGAUGAAAUUAACUCUAAGCCUAGCAGCCGCUCUCAACCUUCUGUUGGUGUCCCCUUGAUCAAAGUCCUCAAGAUGAAUUGUGGACACCAACACCGCCGCUGUGUCAGGAAGAUGGAUGCACCGUAUAUAACAAAUUCUGACGACGGCUCUUCUGAUGAUUCAAGCGAAUACUACGUAAAAGACGGACGAAUCUACAAACGCGGUUUCAGAAAAAGUCUCGGGAAGCGUCUCUACCAACUUUUCCUGUCGUCCGAUUACUGUGACGUCACUCUCGAAACAAGGACAGGCACUUUCAAAGCACACAAAGUCGUUCUUGCAGCAGCUAGUGAUUAUUUCAAGGCUAUGUUCUCAACAACGUCUGUGGAAGCUCAAAGCAGUGUCGUGUCAUUUAAGGAGAACCCUUCGAUUACGUCGGAUGGAUUAUCAGCAGUGUUAGAAUUCGUGUACUUGGGGUCUUUUCAGGUUUGCACCAGGAGACUGCGUGAAAUACUUGAGGUUGCGCGUCAUCUGUUAAUUCCUGAUAUGACCAAAUCUUGCGAAUUUUUUAUGAUUGAAGAAUUGAAUUUAGAUAACCUUUCUUGGCUGCUUGAAGCUGCUAGAGAUUUUGACCUUGACACUGAGCGCUGCGAGGAUCAAUGUGAACGUAUUAUUGAAAAUGCCGAGACGAACAUUAGUAAUUAUUUAGGCAUGUUUAAAUUUGCAUUGCAGCUAAACAAAGAGGAAAUACUCACGAAAGUUGUUCGCUUCAUUGCGAGUGAACUACCAAACCUCACACGUCAAGAGGAAUUACUAGACUUGAUGGACACCGAGACACUACGCUACUUAUUGAAGGAAUGUAGGCACGAGAUUUUCAAUGACAGGACUCUGAUUUUGUUCGUUACAAACUGGAUAGAAAGGAGGCCUGAAGACAGACAACCGCAGCUCUCAAACCUGAUGGAAGAGGUCAAUCUUCUCUGCUUCGAUGUAGAAACGCUGGAUGCUAUCACUGAGAUGCCAUUCAUAAGAGAAGAAGAAGAAACGAGGAGAUUGAUUUCAGAAGCGAAGAGCCAACUGACCGCCAUGACUGGAGUUAGCACUGAGGAUUGCGAUUCGUAUUUGGUCACAAUGGCCGGCAAAGAUAUGAAGUUUGACUGCAUAACAGGUCAAGCGGGUUUUACCCAAACUACUUUGGAUAUAGUUGUCAAAACACAGGGAAAACGUGUCGCGACCUUCGUAGUUGUUGGCAACCUACUGUUCCUCUGCUUAAGAUCUGAUGCCCUGGGAAAAUCCCCAUGCUUUAUCUACGACGCUAGGCUUAAUGUUGCGAAGGAAUUGUCAGCUUUACCUGGUCAAAGAUCCUUGUUUAAAAUGGUGUGUUUGCGAGGAGAGGUUUACGCGAUCGGUGGAAAGGAGGGCAACACGCACGGAAGAACAACGGACAGCUGCAAAGUUGACAUUUACAACUUCAAAGCAGGUCAAUGGCGAAGUGGAACCCCCCUCCCUCGUGCUUUCAACUCCAUAAGGGCAGCAGUUUUGAGCGGCAGUAUCUAUGUCUAUGGGAUAUACCUUGGGGGUUCAAGUGCAUUCCUCCGAUACAAUCUGGACAGUAAGAGUUGGGAAUCGAAAGGAAAUAGUAGCUUCAACGGUCUGGAUAUUGGUAUAUUGCUCCAGUGUGGCGAAUACCUGUACCGAUUCGUAGAUUCGCCCAAUGGCUCCCCGAAAAGUUCACCCAACGUUUCCCCGACUUCUGCUACAAGCAUAACGCCACUUUCCUUUGACAUUGAGCGGUACGAUCCCUUUCCAAACAGCUGGACAAGUUCGACGGUACUUUUCGAUCACGCAUUUGAAGACUUUAGAAUGGUAGCGGGUUCGGAACACAUGGGGAAGAUACACAUCGCAGGAAACUACAAGCGCAACACGCGCAAUGCAUGCAGCAGAACAGGCAGCACUGCUGCUUUGUUUCGGUUCGAUGAAGCUGCAGGGAGGAUGGAGGUAGUGAAGAAUAAUAUACCGAGUAUCAGUAAGAACAUGGCAGUAAUGCGCAUUCCGCGGAGGGCAAUUUGCUAAAUCACCGCCAAAGCAGGAGUGACCCAUUGCUCUGGCUGUCAGUUGUGUUCUGAGAUGCAGAGACAUGGGGGAGGGGGGUGGGUCGUAAGUUGCUUCUCUUACCGAUACAGGUGGCCCCCAGGUUGACAGGCCCGUUCCUGGUGCAACCGUUCCUGGUGAUCAUUCAGGAAAAGAAAAAAAUGUUACUACGUAGCUCCUUUUAUUGCUUGACCGC